UAUAAAAUAUAUAUUUUAGAAAAUAUAUUAGUAUUACUGAUUUUUUUGUUUGUAAAAUAUAAACAAUUUACCGUUCGUUCUUUGUUUCGAACCGUUUAUUUUAGACGAUCUGCAGUUAUUCUGCAGCAUGUAUUUUUUUCAUACAAACAGCAGUUAAAUUUUAUCGUAGUAUCUUAUCUGUUUGUUCCGCACAUAUUACCAUUCAGAAUCUUAAUGUUAUUUGACAGAUCCUGUAGAGAAAUAGCAUGUUAACCAAAAAAAAAAAUAGCAAACACAAAAGGUGAUAAUGCAACUUUUGAAUAUGAAAGGCUAAUAUAACUACGAGCCUAUGACGGGAGAAACGGACUUUUUUUUUUUGAGCACCCUUUUUUUUUUUUUUUUAGUUAAGUUAAGAGUAACCAAAUUAGUUAGAUCAUGGACAAGUUAUAAGUUUUCACUUUUCAGCUUUUGUAACUAACUUUAUUUAAAGCAUACAGUACUCCUAUUAAAAAAACCUAACACAAAUAAACAGAUACCACUGUCCACUGCACUGAUAAAGUUGACGGGGUUUUAAAUUUGGAUCUUGAUUUUGUACUUAUAUAUAUUCGUCAAAAUCGGUUUAAUCAUAUGAUUAGUUGAUUAAAAUAACCUUAACAAACUGACAUCAUGUCAUCAAAAAAUCAAUGCUAUUAGAAGUAGUCAACUAUACAAAGGAAUUCAACAAACAAAAAAAUAUUGUAUUCAAAGGCAAAAAAUGAGAAAAUGUUCAAAAGGGAUCACGUGAAGAUCACGUGGAAAUAUUGGUCAAACAGAGAAAUUCAGUUAAAAAGAAAUUAAUGUGUACGUUCCACCGACUCGGCUACAGCUGCAUAUGACUCAGCGCCUCAUGUUGACUUAAACUUUUACUAUAAAUAUUCGAUGGCAAUAGUAGUUGUCUUCAUUCAAAGAUAUGAAGAAACUAAUAAAAGGAAAAAAUAUAUAGGUAAAGUAAACAGAAGAUUCUUUCCUUCUCGUAAAAGAAAGAAACAAGACCAAAAAAGCCACUCGUCGACUUUUAUUACAAAACCUUCGAUCUCCACCUUCACUUCUUCCUCUACUACUUGUUCGUGUAAGACCAAUAUGGAAGACUUCAGAUCCAGAUCGUACGGUGACGGUAGAACAUCAGACCGGAGAUCCGACGGUCCAGGUUCACUCGGUGGUAAUGGUAUGCAAGAUCUCAGGUCUUACAGCACUUCCUACACCGAUCACCCGACCCGGAUACCCGAAGAUAACCCGAAUCUGAAGAAAGGAAAAUCGUCAUCUUCUUCAUGGGGAUUUGUGGAUCCAGAUAUAAAGAGGAAGAAAAGAGUUGUGAGUUACAGAGCUUACACUGUUGAAGGUAAGCUUAAAGGCUCUUUCAGAAAAAGCUUCAAGUGGGUUAAAGAUAAAUGCAGCAAGUUGCUCAACUAAGCAAAUCUGCUUAAGACAAUCAAACUUUUUGUGGGUUUAAUAUGUUAAGCUCGACGGUUUCCAUUUAGUUUAUACUACCUUUAUAUCAUUUUUUGUCUGUGUGUGGGUGUGUUCGGAUCUCUUAAGUUGUGGUUGUGAUUGUGUAGCAAAAGAAAAUUAAAAAUAAUAUAGAUAUGCUAUUAUAGAUGAAUUCUGUAGAUUGAAAGUGAUAUGAGUGAGUGAUUAUUAAGUUUUUGACAUAUUCUAAAUUAAUUGAUUAGGAUAUGAAUGUUCUUUUGACUAAAAGGAUAUGAAUUUUUAUAUAGUUUUUUGU